AUGAGAAAUGUGCGUCAGAGGCAUGAAUUAGAUGAGCUUCAAGCAGACUUAGGGAAGCUUGCUGGAAGCUCAGCUCUUAAUGAGGUGAAAUUUACUUGUGGAGUCUGCAAGAAACCGUAUUUUAUCAGUACUAAGUCCAGCAGAACCACCCAAGGGAAGGUCAAUUACUUCAAAAUCACACAUUUCAAUAAGUGCCAAAGAAAUUACGAGAAAGCACAGCGUUUAGUGAAAAACAACCACACCCUGGACAGCCUUUGGAAAAAAGGAAAUUGUGAACGACUUUCUUCAGCAUCAAGCAGCAAUUCCAUGUCACAAGAUGAGCAGGAGGACUUUACUGGUGCUGAUGCCAUAGAAACAGGCUCUGACAAGUAAAAACCUUACUGAAGAAUAUAUUGUUGUAUAAAAGAACUUUUUUUUUGGAUGAAAAUCUAGAUUAUUAUAGAACUCAUGCAUAGACAUGUCAUUACCAUGUACCAAUAGAUAAUAUUUGUUGUACACACAAAGAUUGUUUAGCUUUUUCCUUAGAUCUCAAAACCAAUGUC